CAGUUAUGGCAUGUUCAUGGCCAUCAGGACAGCUGCUAUGUCCAAUAUGCUUCUAACUUUAUUGAAGGCAUUGGUCAGAUCAAUGGAGAGAUCAUGGAGACGCUAUGGGCAUGGCUCAAUCUGAUCUCCCCUGCUGCUUGGGGAAUGUCAUCUCCCCACUGA